GUUUGCUGAGGAGUUAAAGGGAUGGAUCGUCAGCUGGUCUGAAGCUUGCAGUUAUUGACAGUCCGUGCAAAUCUGGAAUCCUGCCAUUCUGAAAGAUCAGAUUUUUCAAGUGAAUUACAUUUUGUGCCAUUUACCUGCUAUUCAUUGAGCCAUCAUUUUGCUUGUGUCUCGCGGGCGCUGCAGCAUAUGGACAAGGGCAGUAAUUUUGAAGCAGCUUGGUGGAAUACAGAGGGAAGUCCUGGCCGGGAGCCACAACCUUGUGGAAAAAAACAUCAGAUUUUCCUUUAGUAAGACCUAAACCUGUAGAGCCGGUACUUGAAUUCUCAAAAUGGCUCAUGCGGCUGCUUCCAUUAAAAAAGUACGGGAGAUGGAACUACCUGCUAUUGAGGAGAGAGAGAAAGAGAGGGAGAAAGAGAGGGAAAGAAGGAGGCGUAAGAUCCCCAGGGAUCGAGUGGAUCGGAAACGUAAGUCGGAAAGUAAUGCGAGUUUCCUCAAAGCUGCCCGAGCUGGUAACGUGGAAAAAGUAGUGGAAUAUCUGAAAGGAGGGAUAGACAUUAACACUUGCAACCAGAAUGGACUCAAUGCUUUGCACCUCGCUGCCAAAGAGGGACACAUUGAUCUUGUGCAUGAACUGCUGGAAAGAGGCUCUUCAGUGGACGCUUCAACCAAGAAAGGAAACACAGCUCUGCAUAUUGCGUCACUUGCUGGCCAGACCGAAGUAGUGAAGACACUUGUUAAGGAAGGAGCCAAUAUAAAUGCACAGUCUCAGAAUGGCUUCACUCCUCUGUACAUGGCUUCUCAAGAGAAUCACAUGGAAGUUGUCAAGUACCUCCUUGAAAAUGGAGCCAAUCAGAGCACUGCCACUGAGGAUGGCUUCACUCCGCUGGCUGUGGCUCUACAGCAAGGACACAAUCAGGUGGUGGCGAUCCUCCUGGAGAAUGACACAAAGGGGAAGGUCAGGCUACCCGCUCUACACAUCGCAGCCAGAAAGGAUGACACUAAGUCCGCUGCUCUCCUACUGCAGAAUGACCAUAAUGCUGAUGUACAGUCAAAGAUGAUGGUGAAUAGGACGACCGAGAGUGGUUUUACUCCCUUACACAUAGCUGCCCACUAUGGGAACGUAAAUGUGGCCACAUUAUUACUCAACAGAGGAGCAGCCGUGGACUUCACAGCUAGGAAUGGAAUCACUCCUCUCCAUGUGGCUUCUAAAAGGGGGAACACAAAUAUGGUGAAGCUGCUGCUGGAUCGGGGAGGGCAAAUUGAUGCCAAGACCAGGGACGGACUCACCCCGUUACAUUGCGCAGCACGGAGCGGGCAUGACCAGCCUGUAGAGCUUCUUCUGGAGAGAGGAGCACCACUUCUUGCAAGAACCAAGAAUGGACUCUCUCCUCUACACAUGGCAGCUCAAGGAGAUCACGUUGAAUGCGUGAAGCACCUACUGCAGCAUAAAGCUCCCGUUGAUGAUGUUACUCUGGACUACCUGACAGCCCUGCAUGUGGCAGCUCACUGUGGUCAUUAUAGAGUCACCAAACUUCUCCUCGACAAGAGGGCAAAUCCGAAUGCCCGAGCCUUGAAUGGUUUUACUCCAUUGCACAUUGCCUGCAAGAAAAAUCGUAUCAAAGUUAUGGAACUCCUAGUGAAAUAUGGGGCUUCAAUCCAAGCUAUAACAGAGUCUGGUCUCACUCCAAUACAUGUGGCUGCCUUCAUGGGCCACUUGAACAUAGUCCUCCUUCUGCUGCAAAAUGGAGCCUCUCCAGAUGUCACUAACAUUCGUGGGGAGACUGCACUACACAUGGCUGCACGCGCUGGGCAGGUGGAAGUGGUCCGUUGCCUUCUAAGAAAUGGUGCGCUUGUGGAUGCCAGAGCCAGGGAGGAGCAGACACCUCUUCAUAUUGCUUCUCGCCUGGGAAAGGCAGAAAUUGUCCAGCUGUUACUGCAACAUAUGGCUCAUCCAGAUGCUGCUACCACAAAUGGCUACACUCCUCUUCAUAUUUCAGCAAGGGAAGGACAAGUGGACGUAGCAUCGGUCUUGCUGGAAGCCGGUGCUGCUCACUCAUUGCCUACUAAGAAAGGAUUCACGCCGCUCCAUGUGGCCGCAAAAUACGGAAGUCUGGAUGUGGCCAAAUUAUUGUUGCAACGUAGAGCGCCCCCUGAUGCCGCAGGCAAGAAUGGGCUCACACCUCUCCAUGUUGCCGCUCACUAUGACAACCAGAAGGUGGCGCUGUUGCUACUGGAAAAAGGUGCCUCGCCCCAUGUCACAGCCAAGAAUGGUUACACACCUUUGCACAUUGCUGCCAAGAAGAACCAGAUGCAGAUUGCUACGACUCUGCUUAACUACGAGGCCGACACCAACAUUCUAACUAAACAGGGGGUGACCCCUCUUCACCUGGCGUCCCAGGAAGGCCACACAGACAUGGUGACGCUGCUGCUGAAUAAAAAGGCCAACCUUCAUGUAGGAACCAAGAAUGGGUUGACACCCUUGCACCUCGCUGCCCAGGAAGACAAGGUGAAUGUAGCGGAGAUACUGGAAAAGAAUGGUGCCAAUCUGGAUGCCCAAACCAAGCUUGGUUACACGCCGCUAAUCGUAGCCUCCCACUAUGGAAACAUCAAAACGGUCAACUUCCUUCUAAAACAUGGAGCGAGUGUCUGUGCGAAGACAAAGAAUGGCUACACACCUUUACAUCAGGCUGCCCAGCAAGGACAUACACACAUCAUAAAUGUUCUCCUCCAACACGGAGCAAAGCCAAAUGCUACAACUGCGAAUGGCAAUACAGCCCUCGCAAUUGCAAGGCGCCUGGGAUACAUCUCUGUGGUGGAUACACUGAAGGUUGUUACUGAAGAAAUUGUUACGACCACAACUCAGACCGUGACGGAGAAACACAAACUUAAUGUGCCUGAAACAAUGACAGAAGUGCUUGACGUUUCUGAUGAGGAAGGAGAUGAUACAAUGACAGGAGAUGGUGGAGAGUACCUUCGACCAGAGGACCUAAAAGAACUUGGAGAUGAUUCUCUGCCUGGCAGUCACUUCCUCGAUGGUAUGACCUAUCUGAGAUAUAGUCUGGAGGGCGGACGCUCAGAAAGCCUGCGAUCCUUCAGUUCAGACAGGUCACAUUCGGUGAGCCAUACAUCCUACCUUCGAGGGAGCACCAUGAUAGAUGACACAGUUAUCAUCCCCAAUGAACAGGCAAUGUAUUUGUCAAAGCAAGCGGACCACAACACAUACCACCUCAACUGGGGAACAGACAACCUGGACAACGUGGCUCUCUCAUCUAGUCCUAUUCACUCUGGCCGACUGUCUCCAUGUCUUGACCGAGACAACAGCAGUUUCCUGGUUAGCUUCAUGGUGGAUGCCCGUGGAGGAGCUAUGAGAGGCUGCAGACACAAUGGUCUAAGGAUAAUAAUUCCACCACGGAAAUGCACUGCCCCAACACGAGUUACCUGUCGUUUAGUCAAGCGCCAUCGAUUGGCAACUAUGCCACCUAUGGUGGAAGGCGAAGGUCUGGCCAGUCGUCUAAUUGAAGUUGGUCCUUCUGGGGCUCAAUUCCUUGGUAAACUUCACCUUCCUACGGCUCCUCCCCCUCUAAACGAGGGAGAAAGCUUGGUCAGUCGAAUCCUUCAACUGGGACCUCCUGGGACCAAAUUCCUUGGACCUGUGAUUGUGGAAAUACCUCAUUUUGCGGCUUUGCGAGGAAAAGAGCGAGAGCUUGUUAUCCUUCGCAGUGAGACUGGUGACAGUUGGAAAGAACACUUUUGUGAGUUCAGUGAGGAUGAACUUAAUGAAAUACUCAACGGAAUGGAUGAAGCACUUGAUUCUCCCGAGGAACUAGAAAAGAAGAGAAUUUGUCGUAUUAUCACUCGGGAUUUCCCACAGUAUUUCGCAGUGGUGUCCCGGGUUAAGCAGGACAACAAUCUGAUUGGACCGGAAGGAGGAAUUCUAAGCAGCACUGUGGUUCCCCAAGUCCAAGCAGUCUUCCCAGAAGGUGCACUUACCAAGAGGAUACGAGUUGGCCUCCAGGCUCAACCAAUGCAUGAAGACCUUGUAAAGAAGAUAUUGGGUAAUAAAGCCUCUUUCAGUCCUAUUGUGACUUUGGAACCUAGAAGAAGGAAAUUUCACAAACCAAUAACAAUGACUAUUCCUGUCCCAAAAGCCUCUAGCGAGGCAAUACUCAAUGGAUACGGUGGGGAAGCCCCAACAUUAAGAUUACUAUGCAGUAUAACUGGUGGUACUACUCCCGCACAGUGGGAAGAUAUCACUGGAACCACACCCCUUACAUUCAUUAAUGAAUGUGUUUCAUUUACCACUAAUGUAUCUGCCAGGUUCUGGCUAAUAGACUGUCGACAAAUCCAAGACUCUGUUAAUUUUGCCAGCCAAGUGUACAGAGAAAUUAUAUGUGUGCCCUACAUGGCCAAAUUUGUUGUGUUUGCCAAAUCCCAUGACCCUAUAGAAGCACGGUUACGUUGCUUUUGUAUGACUGACGACAAGGUGGACAAGACAUUGGAACAGCAAGAAAACUUUGCUGAAGUUGCUAGAAGCAGAGAUGUAGAGGUGUUGGAAGGGAAACCAAUCUAUGUUGACUGUUUUGGCAACUUGGUGCCAUUAAUAAAGAGUGGACAACACCACAUAUUCAGUUUCUAUGCCUUUAAAGAAAACAGACUUCCUCUAUUUGUCAAGGUACGAGACACCACCCAGGAACCAUGUGGGCGUCUAUCAUUUAUGAAGGAGCCAAAAUCAACACGAGGCCUUGUACAUCAUGCCAUUUGCAACCUAAAUAUCACUUUGCCAUUGCAUAGUAAAGAAUCUGAAUCAGAUCAAGAACUUGAGGAUGAGGGAAAUGUGACAUCUGAAAAAAAUGAUGAAGAGACAGAAUCCACAGAAACCUCCAUCCUGAAAAGCCAUCUUGUUAACGAAGUACCAGUAUUAGCAAGUCCUGAUUUGCUUUCUGAAGUGUGUGAGAUGAAGCAAGAUCUGAUUAAAAUGACCGCAAUUCUCACCACUGACGCAAGUCAGAAGACAAGCUCUUUAAGGGAAAAAAAUCCGGAAAAAGCUGUUGAGGAUCCCGGAGAACCAUUUGAAAUUGUUGAACAGGUAAAGGAAGAUCUAGAGAAAGUGAAUGAAAUCCUGAGAACCGGAACCUGCAAAAGAGAAGAAUCCUCCACUCAAAGAGUUCAUGGUUUGAUGUACUAUAACAAGGAAGAGGAAUGGGUAAUCGUAGGUGAAGAUGAAGUUGAGGAAGCCAAACUGAGUGCACUUGUGGAAGAAACACCAUGUAGAGAAGUAAGACUAGAUAAAGGAGAACAACCAAAAGUAAAAUCUGACAUGACUGAAAUAGUGAAUUAUCUUACUAAUGAUCUUAAUACAUAUUCAUCUGAGGCUGCUCAUAUAGGUGAUAUUCCCAAAAAAGAGCAACGUAAAAUGCCCCUAGAAAUUAAAAAACCUAUUAGAAGAAAACUAAAAGAACGACUAAAGGAGGAAGAGCUGCAAAGUUUGAAUGACCAAUCAGGAAUGAAAAAGUUUAGUUCUGAAGAAUCAUUAGAUGACGAAGUAGGUCUUACUGCAACUUCUGUAAAAGAUGUUAAGGAGGUUUCUCCGGUGAUUGAGGAAACUCCAAUUGGUUCAAUUAAAGAUAAGGUAAAGGCUCUUCAAAAGCGAGUAGAAGAAGAGCAGAAGGGUCUUACAAGUCUACCCAGUAAAGCACAAUUAAAGGAUGUUACCAGUGAGCCUGUUAAACCACAGAAGAAAACUGAGGUGCCAAAACCACCCGUUUCUCCCUCUACCAAAAAAGAAAAGGUCGAAGAAACCAUGUCUGUUCGCGAGCUAAUGAAAGCUUUCCAGUCGGGCCAUGAUCCUUCAAAGGAAAGAUCUGGAUUAUUUGAGUACAAGACUGUAAAAACAGAACAUACCUCUGUAGAAAGCAAGAUAGCAGAGAGCAGAAACACUGGUCCUCUCAUCCCUAAUGACACUGAUUUACAGGUAGAUUAUUCAGAAGAAAGCAUAAGGGUAAUACACACUGACAGUGACCAGACCAAAUCAGAAUCUGGCAGAACAGCAGAGUAUAAGGAAAUGUCACAUGUAGAUGCUGAUAUGGAAGGAGAGAGCCAGAGUCCUAAAUUAAGAGAAUCUUCUUACCCAUAUUUUAAUGAAGAGAGUUCCAAAAGUCGAUCUACUGUAAAAUUAAGAGUAAGUAUUAGUGAUCAGGAUGGGGAUCCUCAAAUUAGUCCUGACAGAAAAACAUCCACAGACUUUUCAGCUGACAUUAAGGAAGAGCUUGAAGAUAAUGACAAAUAUUUACAGUUCAAACAUCUUCCAGAAACAGAAGGUGCUCAGUUAAAUUUAGAUCAAGUUCUUAUCAGUCCAUUUAAUGUUGCAUUCCCAUCUGACUAUGGCACAGAUGAGUUUCUUCCAGCUUUGAAUUUACAAAGUGGAACUAAUGAGGACAGUUCAGACAGUCUUAAACACGAAGGUGUGGCUGAUUCUCCAAGUGGCAGCUUAUUAGAUGGUACACCUCACAUGAGUUCAGAGGACAGCUACAAACAUGAAGGACUCGCUGAAACUCCAGGAACAAGCCCAGAAAGCCUAUCCUUUUCGCUUAAGAAAGCAGAACAGGUUGACUUAAAACUGUCUCCAGCCAUAAGUUGUGAGGCGAUGCCUAAAGGUAGUGAGAAUGAUGAGCACCCUGACAAAUAUAAUGACUCUGUUGAUUGUAAAACAGUGUCACCACAUGGUGACCAUUUUCAAACUGCAGCUGAUAAUUUUUUGACACAGGAUGUUUCAUAUAAUAAGCAAACAGCUAUAACUGAAAAACAAUCAGAAUGGACUAAAGAAAAUCAACAUCAUCCAGUAAACUAUGAACUUCCUAUUACUGUAAAAAGUCCCCAGGGACUGGAGCUAAAAUUUCCUUCCCAAAAUGAUGAGGCAAGUAGCCCUGUAGCUGAUGAAUCAAUAGCAAUCAGUCAUAAAGAUUCAUUGGAAGACAGCCCACUAUUAGAAGACAAUUCAUCCCACAAAACUCCAGAUUCUUUAGAGCCAAGUCCAAGUAAGGAAUCACCAUGUCACGAUUCCCUGGAAAGUAGUCCAGUAGAACAUAAAAUCAAAUUUGGUGCUCCCAUUGGCUCUGUUGCACUUAUCACAAGUCUUAAAUCAGAUCUCACCCCAGAGCUAGCUUUACGCUCUAGAAUUCUCAGAGAUCCAGAUGGAAGUGCUGAGGAUGAUAGUUUAGAACAGACCUCACUCAUGGAGAGCUCAGGAAAAAGCCCACUUUCUCCAGAUACCCCUAGUUCUGAAGAAAUAAGUUAUGAAGUCACACCCAAAGCUCAAGAUUUCCAGGCAUUCUCAAUGCUUCCAAAGCCAGGAAUAAUUCCAGAGGUCACAGAGGAACCAGAAGAGGAUUCAGAAACUGAGCCAAAGAGGAGGUUUACACCUGAGGAAGAAAUGUUCAAAAUGGUGACAAAAAUCAAAACAUUUGAUGUACUUGAGCAGGAAGCAAAGCAAAAAAGAGAAUACAAAAAAGAGUCCAAACAAGAUGAACAUAGUCCUCCUAACAAUCACAAAGAUUCAAAUGAUGAUGACAUAGAAGCAGAAGAUAUAAAAUUGGUACAAGUUGAGGAUGUGCAAAUAGUUGUCAUGUCAGUAGAAAGCAGGAAAAGCUCUUCUUCUUCAGAAAGUGAGCCAGAAUUAACACAGCUGAAAAAAGGUGCAGACUCAGGUCUGUUGAUGGAUCCUGUAAUAAGAGUUCAGCCUCCAUCACCACUUCCCCCUAGUUUAGAUUCCAGCUCGAGCCCAGAGGAAACAUCAUUCCAACCAAUAGCACGGGCACAUGAUUCGUUCAAAAUAGAAGAUAAUCUAUUGGAGGAUAUGCAAAAAACAGAAGAACCUAGAGAGCAUGAAAGCACCAUUCUGACAAAUGAAAUGGACUCUAAUUUGUAUAGCAUUUUCGUCAACAGGGAUGAGCCACAGGUGGAUGUUGACAAAACUGUCCCAACAAGUCCUAAUGAGCCAGUCAUUCAGAAAUAUGUUGAUGCUGAUUUAUGUGCUGAUGUUCAGAGAGAAGAAAGUGAAGUAGAAUUGAUAUCAGAAAUAAGAAAGGAAGAAGAGACGUCUGAAGCAAGAUGUAAGCAAGAUAGUGUUAAUUAUGAAAUUACUUCUAGCAAAUUUCCAGGUGAAGAGACCACCAAAGAGCACUUUGCCUCUGAGUGCCUUCAGCAUAUUUCAGAUGUAAAUGUAACAUUUGAAAUGCAAAGCCAUGAUUUAUCUGUAAUAUCUUCGGUAAAAAAUGAUUUCCCAGAAAAUGAAAACAUAAGUGAGGCAUUAGAAACUGUAACUCAAACUGAUUCUUCUGGACAAUUUGAUUUAGCUUUUACAACUACCAUAAUAGCUGAUGGGGAAUCCCUGGAAACUAAGGGUUGCAUUCCGGACUUAACAAGUCCAUAUGAAAAUGUCCCAUUUGAAUAUUUUUUUAGUGGUCAUGAAACUGUGCCAGAGGAUAAUGGUAGAUGUUUGGAUGAGGAAUCUUUACAAGGGAAACAUGACUUGCAAGUAGAUCAGGAUCAUGUGGAGUCUGACACAAAAACUGUACCAUGGUGUUCACCAACAAGUAAUGAACCAGAUGAAUGUUAUAUAAAGGAUGCCUUAUUAAAUGAUUCAGAGGAGGGUACAAACAGCAAAGUUAUCAUAACUAAGUCAGAUGUUGAUCCUGACUGGAGUUCUAUCAGAGAAGACGAUGAAGCCUUUGAAGCACGGGUUAAAGAGGAAGAACAGAAGAUAUUUGGAUUGAUGGUAGACAAGCAGUCUCAGGGAACAACUCCUGAUACCACUCCUGCACGUACCCCCACAGAAGAGGGCACACCCACCAGUGAGCAAAACCCAUUUUUGUUUCAGGAAGGAAAGCUUUUUGAAAUGACUCGCAGUGGGGCAAUUGAUAUGACCAAGCGCAGCUAUGCAGAUGAAAGCUUUCACUUUUUCCAAAUAGGACAACAGGGUGCAGAAGAGGUCCUCCCAGAGGAUAUUAAAGAAGAGAGUUGUGAAGAAGAGUCCCCUAAGCGCGAGUGUCUGUCAGACCCAUUUACUGGAGCUGAAACUGAUGUAUCUACAAAUGAAGUUGAGACAGCAGACAGCAGUGAGACGCGAUCAACUGAAGAGGACGUUGAUACUGGAACAGCAGAUGACAUGGACACAGAACUCACCAAAGCAGAGCAAAAGUCAAGAAUUCCUAUAAAAAUGGGAAUUUCUGCAUCUGCAAAGACUCCCAGAAAAGAGACUGCAGAAAUCCCAAUAGAUGAGGCAACUUCAACUAGAGUUUUAGAGAGGCAGGUGAGCUGUGAUAGCUCACAACAUUCAUGGUCCUAUUUGUCUGAGAAAUCUUCAGCAGGUAUGGAGUUAGAUUUCAUAGGGUUUGAAAACUUGUGUCCUGAACGAGAUGAAUCACCAGAUUCUUCUCCGGAGGACCAAAAAUCAGUAAUUGAAAUACCAACUGCCGCCAUGGAAUCUUCUUCUUCAACUGAAAUCAAAUCCAAAAUUCCUGUAAGAUCCACUACCUCAGUAUCUGAAGAGCAUUCCCAGUUAUAUACAAAAACUGAGAGCAGUUCACUUACAGACAGCCUUAUUCAUAUGGAUGAACAAAAGCCAAAGUCAAAGAUUCCUGUAAAAUCUAGUACAGCAAAAACUGAGCAACAUUUUACAUUGACAGAACUGUCUGAGUCAAAAAUUUCAGAAAUAGGUAGUAAGCUACCAAUUAAACAGGAUACCAGAAGUAAGUCAGAAUCUGAUGCCCAUUCAUCUGCCGAUAUUAAAGCUAAACAACGUACAUCUAAAACAAGAAGUUAUGCAGAGACCCAGAAUGAGAUUAUAGAGCGGUCAUCUUCUAGCUUGGAAGGAGAAACAGGUGAGACGACUAAACCAAAGGUCUACUCAUCAAAAUUACCAGUUAAAGUAAAAAGUUCACCACCCACUCAGACAACAACCUCUAUAAGUGAUGAGCAAGAACGUUUUUUUGAAAUGUAUAAGAACUCAAUAGACUUCUUUGAGGAGAUAAGUGAUGAGGCAUCAAAACUAGUGGACAGGCUCACACAGGCUGAAAGGGAUCAAGAGCCCAUAUCUGACGAUGAGAGUAGUGCCUUUGACAGUUCAGUAAUUGAAAAUCCUCCAGCAGUCGAAACCCAACAGCAGACUAUUCCUGAGGACAUAUUUGACACAAGACCAAUAUGGGAUGAAUCAAUUGAAACCCAAAUUGAACGCAUUCCAGAUGAUCAUUGCCAUGAACAUACUCAAGAUCUUCAAGAUCAAGAGAGAACAGAACAGCGGCUUGCACAUAUUGCUGAUCACCUUGGCUUCAGCUGGACAGAGCUGGCAAGGGAGCUGGAUUUCACUGAAGAACAAAUACACCAAAUACGUGUUGAAAAUCCAAACUCAUUACAGGACCAGAGUCAUGCAUUGCUGAAAUAUUGGCUUGAGAGGGAUGGAAGAAGUGCAACAGAAACCAGUUUGAACCAGUACCUCACUAAGAUUAACCGCAUGGAUAUAGUUCAUCUCAUGGAAACGGGCAUUACAGAGACCUUGCUAGCACAUGGCAACCACAUGUAUGCAGACAUGGAGCAGACAAUUAAUCUGGACCACAGUGAAGAUUUUUCAGCACUACAGGAUGAGUUCUCGAGCCCCCAAAAGAAGGUGACAGUUGAUCAGUCAGAUUCUCUUGAAAGAGAGACAGCUGAGCACCCUCCCCUGGUAUCUGAGGAGGACGUUUCAAUCAGCUACUCAUCCUUCCAUGAAAGCUCUACCAGGGUUGAAGAUGACAAGUCUGUUGCAGAAACCCUCCGACAGCUACAGAAAGAGAAAGUGGAAGCAGAAAUCUCAAGGGAGCCUCAACAACUAUCAAGGGCACUAUCUUCUGAGCAGCAACAAUAUUUUGUCACGUCUCCAGAGGCAGACAAAAUCCCCUCAUCAGACUCAGCUCAAGAUUACAUGUCUUGUAAGGAAAUCAUCCAGUCUCCAAAUGAGACCCAUGAAGAGUAUGACAGACGGUGCCUCCAAACCCCAGUGUCUGAGCAGCACAGUAGUUCCCCAAUCGUGCAAGAACCAGAGGAAUCAUCUGAACAGGAAGACCAUGAAGCAGCUGGAAGUGACCUCUUCAUAGUUGAGUCAUCGGAUGAGCAGCAAGAAAGAAUGGAACACUGCUCUGAAUAUGCAUCUUUAGAAUCAUUUGAAAAGGAGCUAGCAGAGGAGCUAGGUGAGCUAGAGACCAACUCAGAUGAGGACGAGAUGGUAACUACCAGGGUCGUUCGCCGCCGUGUGAUUAUUCAGGCAGACAAUAUGCCUGACAUUCUCCCAGAAACGGUGACGGAGGAGCAGUACACAGAUGAACAUGGUCAUAUUGUGGUCAAGAAGGUCACACGGAAAAUUAUCAGAAGAUUUGUUUUACCCGAUGGCACCGAAAAAGAAGAAGUUGUGGUACACGGGGGUCCCCAGGAGCCUGUGACAGUAGAAGAGGGGGACACAGUUUCUAAAGUUUUAAAACGUACCAUACUGAAGAGUGACAGUGAGCAGUCUGAGAUUGCUUUCUCCGAGCCCAGAGUAUUGUCAUCAGAAUUCCAAGCUGAACCUGUGGAAGGCCGAAAGGUCAGCAAGGUCGUGAAGACCACUGUGGUUCACGGAGAAAGAACUGAAAAAUACCUUGGAGACCCUAGUUUAGCAUCCGAUCUACCAUCGGCCAAAGAUGACUUUGAACAGGCUUUAAGUUAUGCAGGUGGUGAUGUAAGAGUUCACCUGCCCAAUUUAGUGGAAAAACAGAUUGUCAAGGAGGAUGGAUCAGUGCUAAAAAGAACAAUGAUGAAUAAAACCAGCACACAGAAGAGGACUGUGGUGAAGGACCAGCAUGGGAAACAUGUUUUUGUUGAGCAGCUGGAAGAUGUUCCUGAAGUCCUAAACAAGGAUGACCUUCAGAGUGACUUACAGCAACUUCUCAACCGCUUCUGUAGAGAGGACUGGGAGAAAGAGGCCAAAUGAGUGGCUACUAUGUUAUCUACAACACAUAUCCAUAGCCAGUAUGCUGAAGUUAAAUUCUCCACUCAGAAGGGCAAUGAACACGCACUUGGUGAUGCAGAUUCAAACACUAAUACUAAAAAUUAUCAGUUUGGUGUAGCUUGUUCAUUAAUGCAGAUUUGUGACCAAAGACAGCAUCCAUUGUUGGAUGGUAUAUCCAUUAUAUCCACUGUUUAGUUUGGUUUUACUUGGACCCUAAUCCAAAUGACCCCAUUUCUCUAUAAUACCAUCUUCAUCCACAGGCCUCUUCAUGGUGUCUACAAAAGGCAACCUUAAAAAUCCGGCAGAUCACGCAUUGUUCCUGUACCUAGCAAAGGUACUUGGGUUUGUAAGUUUAGAAACUGCGAAUGGUAACUAAGCUUCGCUUUAUGAAAACUAAUAAGAGAGAAUCUUCCGUGACUUCCAGCCUUCAAGGCGUCAAGGAUACAAUUCUACAUCAGAAAGCUCUGGUGAUUACUAAGAGUCUUCUUGAUGAUUUUAAAAUAUCUGCUUUGUGAUUACCUAAAACAAUAUACAGUAGACAAAACCUAGGUAACUAGUCUGCUAGCUGCUUAUCACAAAACAUCUACAUAUAUAUUUAGAUAUUUUAUGGACUGGACAAGUAAUAAGGGUCUUGGCAUCAGAUAACUCUACAGUGACAGCAGCAGACCAUCAAUGCUUUAGCAGACCACUUCGUCUUAUUACUACUACAAAUCUAUGCUGGCCGCAGCAGUGUAAAUAAACGAUGAAGCGGGAGAUUUAUUCCCUAGUAAACCUUAAAAAAUAAAAUAAAAAAAAAAGAUCACCUCGUUUUCAGGAUUUCCUCUGGCACAUGCAUGUGGCAUUAAAACACAGUUAAACUAAGCUUGUGUACUCAUGUGUGGAAUUUGUAAACCCUCUUAGCACUGAGCAAGCAGAUUUUACAAAUGUCUCCUACAUACUUGUGUAUUUUUUCCCCCCAAAAGCUAAAGACACAAUGCAGGUAUCGCUCACUUUUUUUUAUGUUUUUACAUCUAAACUAAUCCUCUGGAAACAAUUCUAGCAUUUAUGCACUUUUUUUUUUAAAGAAGGGAUUAUAAAAAAAAAAGGAAAUAUUUUUUGUCUUAUGUACCUUAUUUUACGUGUGUGUGCGGUUUGAAUUCUGUAGCCUUUUAACGUACAAAUAUAAAUAUAUAUAUAUAAAUAUAAGCACUAUACAUUUUAAACCCAUUUAUUUAAUGUAAGUAUAGAUUGGAAAACAGUAAAAAAAAAAUACAAAGAACAAAAUGUUGCAUUAAUGACCUACAAUUGCUAAUUUAUAAAUAAAGUAAAAACAAAAAAAAAAAGAAAACAAAUUAGGCCUUUUGUCCUAGAGGUUUAGGAAAACAACAUACUCAGUGCUACGAUUGUCGGUUAUGGAAAAGUCUGAAAAAAAACUGCAAGUACCUAAAAAAUAAAUCUUGAUUACUGAAGUAAAAUGAUGCUAUUGUGCAGAGUCAUUGCUAAAUUAUUUUCAAAACCAAGCGGUGAGUGUGUUACUGCACACUGGCACUCAUGCGGUUAAUAUGGGCAAUUUCACAUUUGACCUAAUGUAGUGAAGGCAGCCAUGGAAUAUAUUUCCAUAUGUCUGGAAGAAGGCAACACAAAUUUCUAUUGUGCUACUUGCAGUGCAGAUGUCUGUGUGAGAACAUGAAUUGUUAAUCACUUUUUGGGGGGUAUGAAUUUACUUUCUCUCUCUGCUGUUAUCGAAGAAAUGUACUACUGUGAGAAGUGACAUUUAAGUUAAUGAUUCAGCAUCUUGUUCCCAUGGUGAUAACACUAAUAUAUCUACAAGGGCAUGUCUUAGUUAAAAUGGCAAAAUAAAUCAACACUAACAAAUACAUAGCUGCAAUGUGUACAAUGGCUGAUUUAAUGAAAUAAAGUGUUAAAUGUACAAA